AGCUGGAGGCUUGAGCCUGUGGGACCUAGGCUCGCCUCACUGCGGUUGGUGGAGGUGACAGAGGUUGGAGCUUGGCCAGCAUGGUAGAAAGGUGGCAGGGCACGUCUGGCUUUUACCACCCAGAUGCUUCGAGCUAGGAGAUGGAAGAGUCAUCUGUUGCACGCUGGAGGCUGGAGCCUGCAGAUGGCAUGGUUCUGUGGCUCGCCUCGCUGCAGUUGGUGGCAGAGACAGACUGCAACUUGACCGGAGUGGUGGAGAGGUGUGUAUCUCAAGAGCACUCCACAACAAAGAUUCUGCCUGCAAUCCUCCACUUCAAGUUUCUUUAUUUGUAGGCACAGCUGCAUAAAGAAACCAGAUGGCCCAACAGCACCAGAGCUUAUCCACCCCUGACCAGAUAUCAGAAGGAGAAUUUCCCUGGCUAAUACCUCCAGUACAAUGCUGAAUAGAGUGGUUAAAGUGGAAAUUCUUGUCUUCUCAAACUUUCAGAGUGACAGAGCUGGGCCUGGCAGUGGAGUGUCUUCAGAAGCAGAAUCUGGAGAAGGAUCAGGUCAACAAGGACCUCACUGAGAAGCUUGAGGCCCUGGGAUUCCUGUGUCUACAGGAGCAGGCGGCCCUGGAGACAGAGGACGGAGAAGGGCUACAGCAGAGCCUAAAGGACCUGGCACAGGUGUGAGCCCAGAGAGGCCAUCCUGUCAGAGGCUGAGAGCGGCGUCCAGCUGAGAGGCUCCAAGUGCACCGCGGAUGCAUUGGAGGGCAGCCUGCGGGGGCUCUCGGGACAGCGGACCCCGUCCGCACCGCAGCGCUCCUAGCCGGGCCAAGGCCAUUCGCCCCGCCGAGGCCCCUCCCAGGCCUGCUCAGACUCCUCCAGGCUUGCUCGCCCUGAUUCACUCCGCCCUGCACAAGCGCCAGCUGCAGGUCCAGGGAGAAGAGCAACCUGGCCCACAGCCUGCAGGUGGCCCAGCAGCAGACCGAGGAGCUGCAGCAGAAGGGGGAGAAGCUGCAGGCUGCCCAGGAGGAGCUGCGGCGCCAGCGGGACUGGCAGGAGGAAGAGCAGGAGGAUGCGGUGCAGGAUGGCGCAGCCAUAGACAACUAGAGCAGCUGGAAGGGAAGCACUCAGUCCUGGCCAAGGAGCUGGUGGAGGUGAGGGAGGUGCUGAGCCACGCCACACUGCAACGGGAUAUGCUGCAGGCCGAGAAGGACGAGGUGUCCGAGGCGCUGACCAAGGCUGAGGCUGGCCGCAUGGAGCUCGAGCCCUCCAUGACCAAGCUGAGGGCAGAGGGCUCCCUGCGGGACUCCCUGUCCAAGCUGAGCGCCCUCAACGAGAGCCUUGCUCAGGACAAGUUGGAUCUGAACCGCCUUGUCGCCCAGCUGGAGGAAGAAAAGGCCACCCUGCAGGGCCGGCAGUGGCAGGUGGAGCAGGAGGCCACAGUGGCAUGGGAAGAGCAGGAGCAGCUGGAGGAGCUCCAUCGGGAGUUGGUGGGCCUGCGGCAGCAAAUAAUAACUACACAGGAGAAAGCCAGUCUAGACAAGGAGCUGAUGGCCCAGAAGCUGGUACAGGCUGAGCGGGCCCAGGCCUCUCUGCGGGAGCAGCAGGCAGCCCACGAGGAGGACUUGCAGUGACUCCAGAGUGAAAAGGAGGCAGCAUGGCAGGAGCUGGAGGCCAAGCGGGCUCAGCUGCAGAGUGAGCUGCAGUGUGAGCAGGAGGAGCUGCUGGUCCGGCUGGAGGCUGAGAAGGAAGAGCUGAGUGAGGAGAUUGCUGCCCUGCAGCAGGAGCGCGAUGAGGGCCUCCUCCUGGCCAACGGCAAGAAGCAGCAGGCCUUGUCUCUGAAGGAGUCUGAGAAGACGGCGCUGUCAGAGAAGUUGAUGGGUACACGGCACAGCCUGGCCACCAUCUCCCUGGAGAUGGAGAGGCAGAAACGAGAUGCCCAGAGCCGGCAGGAGCAGGACCAGAGCACCGUGAAUUCUCUGACAUCCGAGAUGUAGGACCUAAGGGCCCAGCUGGAGGAGGCUGCUGCAGCCCACACCCAGGAGGUGAGGAGGCUGCAAGAGCAGGUCUGAGACCUGGGCAAGCAGCGGGACUCCUCUCUUUGUGAGGAAGAAGAGCUUUGGACCCAGCUGCGUCUCCUGGAGGAUGCCCAUGAUGGGCUGCGGCGGGAGCUGCUGGAGGCCCAGUGCAAGCUGCCUGAGAGCCAGGAGGGCCGGGAGGUGCAGCACCAGGAGGCAGGCGAGCUGUGGCACAGCCUGGGCGAUGGCACCAAGGAGCCCAAGGCCCUGCAGUGCUCCAACGAGGAGCUUUGGGCCGCUGUGAAGAAGGCAGAGAGCGAGCGCAUCAGCCUGAAGCUUGCCAAUGAGAACAAGGAGCAGAAGCUGGCACUCCUAGAGGAGGCACGGACAGCCGUGGGCAAGGAGGCUGGAGAGCUGCGAACUGGGCUGCAGGAGGUGGAGCACUCAUGGCUGGAGGCUCGGCGGGAGCAGCAGGAGCUCCGGCAUCAGAUGAAGAUGCUGGACAGUGAGAACACCAGACUGGGCCAGGAGCUGGCGGAGCUGCAGGGCCACCUGGCGCUGGGUGAGCAGGCAGAGAAGGAGAGCAGGUGGGAGACCCUGGGCCUCCAGCAGGUGCUGAUGAAGGGUGAGGCCAGCCUGGAGGUGAUGUGGCAGGAGGUGACUGAGCAGGCGGGUGGGCUGGUGCCUCUUUCCUCCCCCCAGCAGGAAGCAGGUGGGCACCCCAAUGCUGGGACCAUUCUGAAAGGCCACUCCCUAGGUUUCGGUGUCCCUCCGCUGCUAAGGCAGGAUGCUCAUGGCAGGACCCGUGUCCUGCAGUUCCAGUGCCAGCUUCCAGGUAAUAUCCUGGUUCCACCCGCCCUGCCCCCUCCACCUCCCCGGGCCAUCACUCCAAGCAAUUUUCUGCCAGAGAGUUGGGCUGCCUGGAUUCCCAUCUCAGCCCUGAAACUUCCCAGCGUUGAGAACAACCAAAUCACUUUUGGAGUCUCACUCUGUCGCCCAGACUGGAGUGCAGUGGCACAGUCUCAGCUCACUGCAAACUCUGUCUCCGGGGUUCAAGUGGUUUUCCUGCCUCGGCCUCUGGACCUCAGCCUCCCAGGAAGUGGGGAAGGGCUCAGCACCUUAGAAUGCAGCCCUGGGUCUAAGCCACCAUCUCCAGGACCUGCCACCUCCCCGGCUCGUCCAGAGCUGGACCCGGAGGCAGUUCCUGGGGCCCUCCGGGAAUUCCUGCAGGAGCUAGGGAGUGCCCAGAGAGAACGGGAUGAACUUCGGACCCAGACCGGUGCCCUGAAUCGCCAGCUGGCCAAGAUGGAGGCUGAGAGGGACAGCGCAACCUCGAGGGUCAGGCAGCUGCAGAAGGCAGUGGCUGAGAGUGAGGAAGCCGGGUGCAGUGUGGAUGGGCGGCUGAGCGGGGUCAAGGCAGAGCUGGCGCUGCAGGAGGAGAUUGUGCGGCACAGUGAUCGGGGGCAUCGGGCCACACUGGACCAGGUGGCCACACUGGAGAGGAGCCUGCAGGCCACCGAGAGCGAGCUCCAGGCCAGCCAGGAGAAGAUCAGCAAGAUGAAGGCCAGUGAAACAAAGCUGGAGGGCGACAAGCGGCGCCUGAAGGAACUCCCGGACGCCUCCGAGAGCCGCACCGUCAAGCUGGAGCUGCAGCGGCGCUCGCUUGUGGGGGAGCUGCAGAGCAGCCACCUGGGCCUGAGUGACCUCGAGGCCCAAGCCCAGGCCCUCCAGGAUCCGGUGGAUUCCCUGCAGAGACAGGUGGCCGACAGCGAGGUGAAGGCAGGGACCCUGCAGCUGACUGUGGAGUGGCUGAACGGGGCUCUGGCCAAGGUGGAGGAAAGCGAGGGGGCCCUGUGGGACAAGGUGUGGGGCCUCACAGAGGCCCUGGCCCAGAGCAGUGCCAGCCUCAACAGCACUCAGGACAAAAACCUGCAUCUACAGAAGGCUCUGACCGCCUGUGAACAUGACCACCAAGUACUCCCAGGCCCUGUCCCCCAGGAAUGGCUGGAUGCUGCCCGGCAGGCAUUAUCUGAGGCAUGGAAGCAGAGCAGCUCCCUGGGCGAGCAGGUGCAGAAGUUGCAAGGAGAGGUGGCUGACCUGCAGCUGCAGCGGAUGGAGGCAGAGGGCCAGCUACAACAGCUACAGGAGAUGAGGGCCAGGUGGCAGGAGGGUGAGGCUGCAGCCCUGCACACGGUCCAGAAGCUGCAGGACGAGCGGCGGCUGCUGCAGGAGCGCCUGGGCAGCCUGCAGCGUGCCCUGGCUCAGCUGGAAGCCAAGAAGCGGGAGGUGGAGUGCUCAGCCCUGCGGCUGGAGAAGGACCGUGUAGCCCUCAGGAGGACGCUGGACAAGGUAGAGCAGGAGAAGCUUCGUAGCCGUGAGGACACAGUGCUGCUGAGCGCAGAGAAGGGCCGCCUGGACCGCACCCUCACGGGGGCUGAGCUGGAGCUGGCAGAGGUGCAGAGGCAGAUCCAGCAGCUGGAGGUCUGACCCCACCCAGUCCAGGACCCCAACUUCAUCCCUAGUCUGAGUGCUCAGCAAUCCCAGUGGAGCUGAUGGCCCAGCCAGCCCAGGGCCCAU